UUCUUACAAUAAUCGCAUUUACAAAGAAUUCGUCAGUUGAGUUUAGUUACAAUUUUUAUCUAUGUUUAUGGAUUUAAUUUCGGUUAUUCUGUGUGUGUGUGUUCUUCAAAGGUUGUAAUUUGAAAUAAGCUUGGUUUGUUGUGAUUUGGAAACCAGGGAACUUGUAAUCCGUAAAAAGCUCCUGAUGUGUUGCUUGAUCUCUUCAUAACCGUAUCGGUGAAAGUAAUUGAUGCCAUGGUUCCAAUGGAAACUGAUGAGCCUACAGAUUCUUUGCCAAAAGCACAGAGCAAUUCUAUGAUUAGUCAAUUAGAUGGCUCUGUAAUUGUGGCUUCAACCAAUGUACCUGAGAUUUUGACUGCUUCUGACUGUGGAGAGAGACUUCCUGAGUCGUCAAGAGGUCGGGUUUGUGACACAAUGAUGCCACCACCAGCUUUAUAUUCCCAAGCUGCCUCCACAGAGUUUUCUUUGAAUGUAGUGGAAGCUUCUUUGAUUAGAGUAGAAAGUAGUACAACUAGUCAUGAUGCUGAUGGUAUUUUGAACCAAGUGAUUUCUGAAGAAUCUGCAUUUUGUUUACCUGACCCUGCCGGCUCUGCUACAUCAGAUCAGGGUGUUCAAAUUACAGGUUCUCUGCCAAUUUCAUCAGUUCUCGCCCAGAAUAUCACAACAGCAGCAGACCAUUGGACUUCGAGAACAGCUUCUUUAGUUAACCAGUCUGAGGAUGUCCAUGAAGCAGGUGUUCAGCCUCCUAACAUCUCAUAUAGCGGAUCAACAGUCAACGCAUCAGCGGAUACAUCUCUUCCCAACAAUCCUAUGGGACAGAGUCCUCGGUUACAUUUCCCUUCGUACAGUGACAUAUGUGACUACGAACUGGAGAAGCUGAACAAAGAACAAGGGACCUUAAGGAAAAACUUUGAAGAAACGACAUUAGGGUUGAAGGCUGAACUCGAGAGAAAGAUGGCUGAAGCACGCAGUGAGUUCGAUAGGAAAUCCCAAGAGGUAGAUACUGAAUAUAAUGCCAUUUCGAAACAGAUUGGAGCCUUUAGGAGUUUGGUUGCCAUGAACAGUCUCUUGGCGAAUGCUUACAAGUGUUCACGUCCAGUGAAGAGUGCAGCCACGGAUACUGCAGCUGUUAGAGCAGCUAGGAGCUCCCAACAUCCAACGCAGCAGCAGCAAGCAGUACAAACAAACACGACUAUGAAUUCAACUACUCCUCCUCAACCCUCAGUCACAACAGCGGAAGCUCCAAGACCUUCAGGUCCUCUUUCGCAUUUCCCGCGUUGCAACACACCUCAACCUCAACCGAUAUCUCAGCAAGCAGCAGCACAAUCCAACCCACAUAUGAAUUCAACCGCUCUUCCUCGCCCCUCAAUCACAACAGAACCUCGUCCUCUACAUUCACCACCCUGCAACACGCCUCAGCCAAGGCCAAUAUCUCAGCUACCAGUAGUACAAUCAAACAGGCCUAUCAGUUCAACCGCCCCUCUAAGACCCUCAGUCGCAUCAGAAGCUAUACCUUUGCAUUCACCACCCUGCAACACGCCUCAGCCAAGGCCAAUAUCUCAGCUACCAGUAGUACAAUCAAACACGCAUAUCAGUUCAACCGCCCCUCCUGGACCCUCACUCACAUCAGAAGCUAUAUCUUUGCCUUCACCACCCUGCAACACGUCUCAGCCAAGACCAAUAUCUCAGCUACCAGUAGUACAAGCAAACACGCCUAUCAGUUCAACAGCCCCACAUGGACCCUCAGUCACAUCAAAAGCUAUAUCUUUGCAUUCACCACCCUGCAACACGCCUCAGCCAAGACCGCCACCUUUAAUCUCCAACCACACUCCAACUUCUUAUUCAGCAGCUUCUGCUCCACAUGUGCAUGGUAAAGUGAGGCGAACCAUGGCACCUCACUUACGAUCAUCUCGACCUCCCAACACUGCUGCUGCAUCAACAAUAAAUCCAACAAGGCAGGUUCAAGAACAACAACAACAACAACAGCAGCAACAACAACAGCAACAACAACAACAACAACAACAACAACAAGGGAACUCAAACAGUAGCUUGGUCUAUCUCUCAGAUGACGACUAGUGACAAAAUCCUUGGGAGUAUAUAUAGUAUAUAUUCUUUUGUAGUUUCUGUUAAGGUUAUAUAAUAUAGGUAUCGAAGCCCUUAAAACAUUUGAGAAUGCCACGUACGAAGAAACAUUUCGAAAAAAUGGACGGUUGAUUUGGAAACAUGUACUGCAACUUAGUGCUCAUAUGUGUUUUGCUUAAUGGAAUACAAUUUUUUUGUAUAUUUACAAAGGAAUGUUGAGAGUUCAAUA